AUGCUCGGCGCAGCAGCGCGCGGCCUCGUCGCGCGAACGCUCCACUCGAGAGCCGCCUCAUCGCGCGCCAAUCCGCCCUUCGCGAAGAGACUCACGGGGAGAAACUCGAUGGCGACCGCGGCGUGGGACGGCUCCGGCACCCAGGAGGACCUCAUGUACCGCGACGAGUGCAUCCUCGUGGAUGAAAGGGAUAACAUCGUGGGGCACGACAGCAAGUACGCGUCGCACCGGUUCAUCUCCGAACAACCCCGCGGCCUGCUCCACCGAGCGUUCAGCGUCUUCCUCUUCAGCGCGGACGACAAGCUCCUCCUGCAGCAACGCGCGAGCACCAAGAUCACGUUCCCGUCGCUGUGGACCAACACGUGCUGCUCGCACCCGCUCUACGGGUACGAACCCACCGAGGUGGACACUCCCGAGGGCAUCGCGGACGGCAGCGUCCUCGGCGCGAAGCGCGCGGCGGUGCGCAAGCUGAAGCACGAGCUCGGCAUCCAACCCGAGUCGGUCCCGCUCGAUCAGUUUCGAUACCUCACGCGGCUGCACUACUGCGCCGCCGAUGAAUUCGCGGAGAAUCAGUCCGUCUCGGGAGGCCCGUGGGGGGAGCACGAGAUGGACUACAUCCUGUUCAUCAAGCCGCGAAAGCCGGUGACGAUCGCGCCGAAUCCGGAGGAGAUUGACGCCACGCGGUGGGUGACGCGCGAGGAGUUGAGGGAGAUGAUGGCGGACCCGGCGCUGCGGUGGUCGCCCUGGUUCAGGAUAAUAUGCGACAGGUUCCUGGACAAGUGGUGGCUAAACCUGGACGAGACGAUCGGGACGGACAAGCACGUGGACCUGGGGACGAUCCACGAGGUGAUGUGAGACGACACGCGAUGUAGUACGACGGGGGUGA